AUGGCAGGUCAUGUCACGUCCUACUCCCUGUUUGGCUUCGCCUUGCUAUCACUACGCGCGGAUGCUGUCUGCAAGCUUCUCCAAGCUGACAGCUUUCGCGUUCGAUCUUCGCAUCUAAGCCUGAGCAUGGCUGGAAGGUAUUGGAAUGACAAUGCUGGCGGUCUUUGGUUGCAGAGCUAUUUCCUGUCUUCCUUCACACUGCAAACUGUGGCGGUGAGUAUGGUGGACGCGGACUUCCGCCGCAAGACUUUCUCUCGUGGCAGUGGCGACUCGGAGUGCUGUGACGCCGGAGAUGUAUUUCUGCUGUGCGGCGCAGCCUCAUUGCAGCUGUAG